AGACUUGGAAGGCUACUGCCGGACCCGAAGAUGACGGUUUUCUUCCUUGACUUGCACUGCAGGGUCAGAUUGCUUCAAAGGUUUCCCUCCUCCAGCUCCAGUGACAACUCAUCAGCAGUAGAUGAUUCGCUGGCCACGACCAGACCCAAAUUGAGGCUGCAUGACAGGGGAAACAAAGGAAGAAAAAUAUGGAAGAAUUGGGUCAGACAGCCUACUAUGGCCGCGACCAAGUCCAACUUGGGUUGGCUGCAGCGAGCAUUGCCCCGACUCAUCCGAUUCGGAUUGGGCAAAAUCAAACUGGGAAGGAGCUGGGGGAAAGCUGUCACCUUAGCCGCGUCCACAGUGGGAAGUGGAGAAUAGGGAUGAUGAUUGGAGUAGAAAAGGGCUUUGGGUCAGUAAUCCAUUGUAGUGAUGGCUGGAAAUUUUCAUAGGAUCUUCCUAUGAAACCCAGAUACUCAAAUUGAAGCUGAAACUUGAAGCUAGGGUUUUGGAUUUUGCAAAGAGAAAGGAACGAACGUCUACGCUGGUGGGUUUUUCGGAUAUCUUUCAGAGCACAACAGUGCCGCUUAACAUAAACUAAAUAAAUAAAAGUGAUAAUU